GCUGGAGUGAAUGCAGGACGUGGGAUACUGAUGCUGAUGCUGGGGGGACCCGCACGAUGAUGGAGCGGCGACGUCGCUGAAAAGGAUGCCGUAAAUGCCCUUGUCAGUCGGCAAGGGGGCAGAUUUCACAGUGCAUCACGCCCCUCCUAAAGAAGCUGGGCUCUUGGUUUAGCAAUCCCUUAGGAGAUGUACGGCAGCGCGCGUGCCGUCAGCCACAUCGAGGGCAGCCCAGCGCGCUCCCCACGGCUGCCCCGUUCCCCGAGGCUCGGCCACCGUCGGGCCAACACCGGAAGUUCGAGUGGAAAGACAUUAUCUAUGGAGAACAUCCAGUCCCUCAAUGCUGCCUACGCUACGUCCGGCCCUAUGUACUUGAGCGACCAUGAAGGCGUAGGUUUCACAGCUACUUACCCUAAAGGCACCAUGACGCUCGGUCGGGCCGCGAGCCGUGCCAUGUAUGGCGGCCGGGUCACCGCCAUGGGUAGCACCCCUAAUAUUGCCACUGCCGGGCUUCCACAUGCUGACUUGUUGUCCUAUGGCGAUUUGGGCUCGCUGUCUAUGCUCCACCACCAGGGGACGCCGUCUGCUCUGCUGCGACAAGCGGUCAGGGGUGGUGGGGGUGAACUUUUAGAGAUGCAGGCACAGCUCCGGGACAUGCAAAGAGAAAAUGAACUCCUUCGAAGAGAACUAGAUCUGAAAGACAGCAAGCUGGGAUCUUCAACCAACAGCAUCAAGAGCUUCUGGAGCCCAGAGCUGAAGAAAGAACGGGUGAUGAGAAAAGAGGAGGCGGCGCGCACCUCCAUACUAAAGGAGCAGAUGCGAGUGACCCACGAGGAGAAUCAGCACCUGAUGGACGCCAGGAGAACAAAGCACCUCCAGCUGACCAUCCAGGCUCUGCAGGAUGAGCUGCGAACCCAACGCGACCUCAAUCAUCUCCUCCAACAGGAGAGCGGGUCACGGGCCGGCCCUGGCGAGCACUUCACCACCAUCGAGCUGACGGAGGAGAACUUUCGUAGGCUCCAAGCCGAACACGACCGGCAGGCCAAGGAGCUCUUCCUAUUGAGAAAGACCCUGGAAGAGAUGGAGCUGAGGAUCGAGACGCAGAAGCAGACAUUGGGAGCCAGAGAUGAGUCCAUUAAGAAGCUGCUAGAGAUGUUACAGAGUAAAGGUCUGCCGCCGGUGUCAGGGAGGGCAUCAGAUGAGGAGGAACAGGAGAGAGCCAGGCGCAUCGCAGAGGCUGAAGCUCAGCUGGGCCAUCUAGAGGUGAUAUUAGACCAGAAGGAGAAGGAAAACCUUCAUCUGAGAGAGGAGCUUCACAGAAGGAACCAGCUUCAUCCAGACCCUGGCAAAACUAAAGCCCUUCAGACUAUCAUAGAGAUGAAGGACACAAAAAUCGCAUCCCUGGAGCGCAACAUUCGGGACCUGGAGGAUGAGAUUCAUAUGUUGAAGGCGAAUGGAUUGCUGAACACCGAGGAUAGAGAGGAGGAAAUCAAACAGAUGGAGGUCUACAAGAACCACUCCAAGUUCAUGAAGUCCAAGAUUGACCAGCUAAAACAGGAACUCUCCAAAAAAGAGUCUGAGCUUUUGGCUCUCCAAACAAAGCUGGAAACUCUGAAUAACCAAAACUCUGACUGUAAACAGCACAUCGAAGUGCUUAAAGAAUCUCUCACUGCCAAAGAGCAACGUGCUGCCAUCUUACAAACUGAGGUGGAUGCUCUUAGACUGCGACUGGAGGAGAAAGAGUCGUUCCUCAAUAAGAAGACGAAGCAACUGCAGGAUCUUACAGAAGAGAAGGGAACGCUGGCUGGGGAGAUCAGAGAUAUAAAAGACAUGCUGGAGGUCAAAGAACGCAAGAUCAAUGUCCUACAGAAAAAGAUUGAGAACCUUCAAGAACAGCUGAGGGAUAAAGAUAAACAGCUGGGUAAUCUGAAGGACAGAGUUAAGUCACUCCAGACCGACUCCAGCAAUACAGACACUGCCCUCGCUACUUUAGAAGAAGCUCUGUCGGAAAAGGAGCGAAUUAUCGAGCGUCUGAAGGAACAGAGAGAACGAGAAGAUCGCGAGAGGAUGGAAGAGACAGAGUCAUACAAAAAAGAGAACAAAGACCUUAAGGAGAAGGUGAACACUUUACAGCUGGAGUUAACAGAGAAAGAGUCUAAUCUCAUAGAUUUAAAAGAGCACGCCUCUUCGCUGGCCUCAUCCGGCCUCAAAAAAGACUCCAAACUUAAGUCCCUCGAGAUCGCCAUUGAGCAGAAGAAAGAGGAAUGCAGUAAACUAGAGACGCAGUUACAAAAGCAGGCAGAGCAGCUGUUCAGUCAGAUGAACAAUCCUAAGGCUCAUGAGGUGGAGGUUCAGCAGAUCUCACGUGGGAACCCAGAGUACGUGGACCGGCUCAAACUGCUGGAGAAGGAGGUGUCCUUCUACAAAGAGGAAUCCAGCAAAGCCCAGACGGAGGUCGAGAGGUUACUGGAGAUUCUGAGAGAGGUGGAGACCGAGAAAAACGAUAAGGAUAAGAAGAUCGCAGAACUAGAGAGUCUUGCUCCCAGGCAAGGUAAAGAUCAAAAUAAGAAGGGCCCAGGUAUCAAGCUUGGCCCUCAGGUGGACAAGAAGGUCAGUGGAAACAUCUUACAAGACCAACGUAAAGAUAAUCCUAUGGACAAUCCAAAGAUGGAGGAGUUGCUUAACGUUCUGGAGAAAACAAGACAAGAGCUGGACGCCACCAAACAGCGUCUAUCCUCCACCCAGCAGUCUCUGGCUGAGAGAGAUGGACACCUGACUAACCUUAGACUCGAGCGCAGGAAGCAACUCGAUGAGAUCUUGGAAAUGAAACAACAGGCUAUGCUCGCUGCUAUUAGUGAAAAGGAUGCUAACAUUGCUCUGCUGGAGCUGUCCUCCUCCAAUAAGAAGAAAACGCAGGAGGAAGUUAUGGCCCUAAAAAGAGAAAAGGAUAGACUGAUGCAUCAACUCAAACAACAGACACAGAGCAGAAUGAAACUGAUCUCGGACAACUACGAGGACGAUCAUUACCACCCUCACGGUCCGCCUCCACACAUGCAACCUCAACCUCUUCACCCUCAGCCUCAACCCCAGCCCCCCUACCCACAAACCCCACACCAGCCUCCUUACCAGCCCCAUCCUCAACACCAACAGCCUCCCCCACACCACAUGCAGCAACCCCCGCAGCCUCAAUAUCCCCACCCGCAACACUCCCAGCACCCUCAACCUCAAGGCCCACACCCUCUUCCUCCCAGAGCCCAACAACAGCCUCAUCCCCAACACCCUCAUCCAGGGAUGCCUCCGCAGCAGCAUCCCCACCCCCAGCACCCUCACGGCCCUCCGCCUCAGCAAGGAUCCCAUUCUCAGCCCCUCCCACACCCGCAGCAGCACCCCUCCAAUUACCCUCAACACCCCGGGCAACAGGGUCCGCACACUAGACAUCCUCUACCGCCGCACCAUCGGGGGCCAGGCCGCGGACCCCCUCAUCCCGGACAUCGACCCGCCCCAGACCAGGACGAUGAAGAAGGAAUUUGGGCAUAACCAUUUCCAAACCAAAGUUGUAAUGUUGUUUUAUGGGACAUUUCAGUCACUAAUGGAGAACUACAGCCAUGUCAUACAGAUGAAUUUAUACAUUGUCCACUCGGCCAGUCUUUACCUACAGUCACGUUCACUUUUUUUGGAUGGGGCCCCAUUUAUUUCAAUGCAUUAAGGAAAGAGGCGGAGCAUUAGUUGAUUGAGUGGGAGGGCCAAAGCUGGAGAAGACCACCUGUGCAGAUGAUUUAAAAGCAAAUGGAGAGGAAGUCUGGACUAUAAAAUGAAAACACAGAUACUUCCUGGUGCAGUACUUUAUUCAAAAGACAUUUGCCAUGACUUUCCAUGUUCAGCAACACUAAACGAGAGACAUGCUGCUCCCCGAAUCCUGGAAGCCACCUGCUACAAUGUCAUGGACCCUGGCUGCCCCCCUUAUCUUCUUGGCCCCACCCACUCACAUUUAGUUCCACCUCUAAGGCACCAAGUCAGUCAGCACUCAGUUCAAGCCUUGUUUCUCUCAACAGGCCUAUUCGCCUGUAUAUUUUGCUUAUGUACUUUAAAAAAGUCAUUGUAAAACAUAAAACCAUCCAUUUAUGGUUUCCAGUACAUUUUCGCACUCACAUUUGCAUUUUAACUCUUAAAGGGCCUUUAAUUCUUUCACUUAUUUAUUUGCUAUACAUACAUUUGUUUAAGUUUUGAAGGUGGAGUUAGGUCAUUGCUGUGCCACAUUUGAUGUCCAUCGUUGGCUUUUUAGUGUAUACUGAACCUUGCAUAAAGGAGGUAGGCGGUAUCUUUAGGAUUAUCUCAUUAGAACAGAAAAGCUAGGUCUUCUCUAUGCAGAGUUCAUUUAAAUAAUCUCGCACAAAAUACAGUAUCACGCUAACCACGACAUGCCCAACUCUGAACACCAAGCCUGGUCUGCAUGUAUGUUAUCAUGCACCUAUGCACCUCCACCCUUUAUAACAGGGAUCGUUUCUAAUGGUGCUUCAAAUGGUGCUCAGACCCAACAGAGAUGGAGACAGCCAUGGCUAAAGUUUGCAGUGAAUUGUGUUUCUAUCAAUCAAAGGACAUCAGCUGAUAAAGCUGUUUGGAUUUGUGUCAUUGGAUCUUAACGUUAUAAUGCUCCUGUCAUCAUAUGAGACCUGGAAAAGAGGAAAACAUUGAUGUUUCCUACAGUAAGUUACUGCUGCAGGUUGUGGAUUAAUGUUACACAGAUCUAUUAUGUUAGAAAAUGUCCCACAAUCCACCAGAGUUGUGUGCAACUUCAUUACAAUGAAGUUGAGAAGGCCAGUCUGCUUUGUAUAUCCCAUACGGGACUUUCCUUUUAGCUAACCUGCCAACCAGGAGCUCCCACACCCAACCCAUGACUUUUCAUAACGUCCAACCUAUUCUCAUGAGAAUUUGUUUAUAUUUUACGAAUUGGCUUAUUGGUAUCAUGUGAAGUGAAUCAUACAAAGAUAUACAAUUAUUGGAUGAAAUAAAAACAAUUAUACACCACCCCUAAACCUAAUUGCACGGGGCGAAAAUGAUUCAUACAAAAACGUACGAAUUUGCCACCUCGUAAAAUACGUAUAAAUUGACAAGAGAUUGUGUUGUCCGUAUCAUGAUGGUGAGUGCCUAUUUAUACAUACAGAUAAUAGAUAUAUAUGUAUAUAUAUAAAGUGAGAGAAAUAAUAGCUACUGCGGUCAGAAAAUUAUAUCAGAAACGUUUUUAUUGUGCGUGUUGUCUGUUUGGCCUCACGGUGUCUCCUCUGCAAGAUCAUGGCACUGGGGUUUAUGCAAAACUAUAAUAAUUAUAAAAAGAAAUAAAUCAAAUCAAACUUAUAAAGGUCAACAUUUUAAAGACAAUGGUGGCUUGGGAUACACUAUGUAGAGUUAAAAAAAUAAAUUUCGCACUCAGACUCCGGGCCGAAUCUGCAUCGAGUCCGCCCCGAAGUCACCAACUCCGGAGCUGAUCUGGUGUGCAUCUGGCCUGGAGUCGUCUGCUAAAAAAAAAUCACACGGCAAUGAUAUCUCUAAUCCUGCGGCCCA